UUUUCCACAUCACUUCUAUAGCUAAAUGGCGUGAUGUGUCAUAUGUUAAGACUGUACUACCGGGAGUGGCUUUUACCUCAAACUGGGCUGCAUAUUUUCACAUCUUUUGACUGUGUGGGUGCAUGAGAUCGCUUUCCGUACCUCACUGGUUUAAGGCACUGCCUGCCUAGAAGAAUUAGCCAGAAGGAUAGUGCCUCAUCUGCGCCAUCAACAGUGAUUUGGGUCAUGUUGCAUAUUUUUGUUGAGUGAAGGAGCACUAGGUUUUAAUCUCAACUUGAGUUUUUAGGCAUGUGGUUAAAAGCAAUGCAAUCUCUGAAGAACCAUUGAGCCAGCUCAGAUGGGGACAAUUCCAAGUGGCAUUUGCUUAUGUAAACAUUGAUGUUGCUGAAGAAGACUAGUUGCUGCAAUCCUUUAUUAUCACAACAUUCAAAUGGAAAUUGGAAGUGGUAAGCAAAAUGAUAGAUAGAGAAACAAGUGUUCCAUUCUGCUGAAUUUUGGAAGGAGCCAAUAUGAUGAAGAUGAGUUUCAGCAGGUUGAAGGCAAGCAUGGAAAGAGGCUCUUCAAAGGGCAGUGAUAGGUCCCAGGCUAUCACAAGGCAUAACUCAUAUACUUCAAGAACUCAGAGUAUGACCAAUGUAUGCAGUUAUGGAAACUGCAAGGACAAUCUCACACCUGGUGAUGUGCAAAAUGGUACAUGUGGAGCUGAACAACAGUCCAGUCGGUCAACCAGCACUCGGAGUAUUGUAAAUCUGUGCAGGAGGAAACCACAAGAAUCUAGCUAUAUGCUCUCUGAUUCAAGGCAUAUUUUGCAAACCCAGAGAAGCUUUCUAAAUGCUGUGAGAUGCAAGAUUGCAAGAAGGCUCAGGCAACCAGCUAAUCCUGGUAUGGAACAACAUGAAGAAAUGAAAGCAAGUAAUUGGUUAUCAUCCAAACAUUCUCUGGAUCAGUCAAUACAGAAAUCGAGCAGCAUGGGGUUUUUGAGAAACAGACAUUCACUUAAGAGCAAGGUUCCUGCAGCAAAUGCUGUGCAUCCAGUUGAACUUGGUGCCAUUCCCAAGGAUCCAGCAGAAUGCCUGAGGGUGCAUGGUGCUGUAUGUCCCACUGCUGCACUUCCUUUGCAAGAAAACUUGCAACAUAGGCAGGACAAUCAGCUUGAAAACUGUGGUCAAAUGGGGCUCCAGAAAGCUAGAAAUGACCUGUUGUCUGCCGCUGGACCGUCUUGGGAGUGGAGCUUAGCACAAGAGCUGAGAAAUCUGUUGGUGUUUGGCUGGUACUGGGGUCCAAUUUCAAGAGCAGAGGCAGAGGAGCUACUGAGUAUUGAAGCAGAUGGCGCCUUCCUUGUCCGUGACUCCUCAGAUGAUCACUAUGUGCUGAGCCUCAGCUUCCGGAGCUGCGGCAAGACCAGGCAUACACGCAUCCAGCACUGCAACAGCAUGUUCAGCUUCUAUGUGUGCACAGACCCAGAUGAUAGCUACCCAAGCAUUCCGGAGCUGAUCGAGCGGUCGAUGGAGCGCUCGCAGGGUGGCGGAGUGCUCUGCUACUCCAAGGACAGCGCCGACAGCACCCGAGUGCUGCCCGUGCGCCUCACCCAGCCGGUGUCACGUCUGACGCGCGUGCGUUCGCUGCAGUCGCUGUGCCGCUUUGUCAUCCGGCAGCGCGUGCGGCUGGAUCUGAUCCAGCAGCUGCCGCUGCCCAGCACGGUGAAGACCUUCAUCGAGGAGAAGGUCUUCUGAGGACGCCGCUUCAGUGUACAGCGUACCGACGUAUUCCAGGCAUCAGCGAUUUCCUGACCAUCGGCAACUUCGAUGCGGCCGCAGAGGAAUGAAAGACGGUGGUGCUUUUGCUGCUGAUUUCGGUGGACGUGUUUCACUGUGAUAAUGUUGCUUAAGGCUUUUAUGUGCAAUGAUGUGCAUUGCAAUGCAUUUGCCAUAAGUCAUUGGUUAGCAUGGUUGCGGCCUGACUGCUUAAGCCCUUUUUGGUUAUUGGGUGCUGUAGAAUAUCAGGUAUGUGAGAGUUUGAACAUGUGUGUAUUGUCUUUUUCCAGUGCUGUCUGCCAUACCUGUUAGUAGGAAUCACUUUUCUUUUGGAUCUCCUUAACAGCCCUCAAUCGUUAUGUUACUGCUUUAGAUAUGGUUCAUUGUACUUGUCUGCUUAAGCUGAAUGUGGCCUCUCUUGCAUCUUAUAGCUGUUGGAGAUUCACAACAUGGAGCAAAACUUAAGGCAUAUUCCACCGCAUUUGUGAACAUUCGAUGCACUACAUUAACUGCUUGUUUUCGAUCAGCCCUUCUUACGAAUGCGUUUUGUGGUCCAUAUCUUUUUCUUUCUUUUUUUGCUAGUCUCAUGACAACCACAGCUGUAAAACUCUGAGGCGAUGUGACAGUGCAAUUUUCCCUGCGAUGAACGCUGUGGAGACAACAUGGUGCUCAUAGGACGCGCACUUUGCUUUUAUGUGCGUGCGGGUGUCGACGUCCGGUGAUUGCGCCCGGUUCCGUCACAAGUACCGUGAUCUGUCAGACCUCUUAGCUGUGCCAACUGUGUGCAUGUUCAGCUGCAAUGCGUACGAUUAGUCGACUACGAAUGUUGUAUGGCGAAAGGCGUCGUCAGUAAUCCUCUGAGCCUGGGCGAAGAACCAGUUAGCAUAGUGGCGGGUGCUGUAAGGACUGAUCUAUAGUAGUGGCUGUCGUCCCUUGAUGUGUGCUGAACUUCUCGAGGGUGAGAAUUUCGCAACUCUGGCAUGACUGCACUUUUUUGUGAGUUACUAGCUGUAAAUUGUCAGGACGAUGUGGCAGUCUCAAUCAUAAGAACACCAAUGGUUUACGUUUGCGUAUGUCGGAUGAGUUCUUCAUUCUCAUCACAAACAUCCGAAUUUAUUUAGUUCACGUUCUAAUCAUCCGUGGUCUGACAUGUGGAAUUAGAAUAUGCCGUUGUCCGUCUGUGGAUGUGCGCAGGUCAUUUGUGACUGUGCGCGUUUGCGUACGGACCGCCUGCCUUACUAGGAAACAGGAAUCAAAUAUAUUA